AUGGACAUCUUUGAUCGAGAAUUCGAGCACCUGAAGGAGAUCGGUGAGAACAAUUUGAACAAAGAUAUCAUGAAUUAUCUUGACGAAACACACAACGAGAUCCGAUUAAGGGGCACAUGUAACCCCAGAGGCCCGUAUAAGAGGUCACUCAUUCAUUUUGCUGCGAUGGGAGAUUGCUCUGGCUCCUUCAGUCUGCUGGACAUCGGUGCUCCCGUUGACGAUAUUGAUCAGAAUAAACGGACACAUCUUCCUUGCGAUGACCUUUUCCAGAAAUAG